AUUGAAUUGCCGCCAAAAAUCAUCACCGAAUUAGAGGACAAGAGUUGCGUUUUCGGCCAAACAGUGAACUUCAAUAUCGAGUUAUCAAAAGGCGAUGCAAUCGUUAAGUGGUUUAAAGACGACAAACAUAUCGAGUUUAACGAAAGGAUUGAAUUGAAAAUCGAUGGCAAACAACAGGAACUGAUUAUAAGAGACGCCAAUACGGAGGACGAAGGCGUCUAUUCAUGCGUUUUGAAUCGCCAGAGAUAUGCGGCUAACCUUACGGUCGAACCGAAAUCAACUGAAUUUACGGCUCGUUUGACAGACAAUAUAGUUGUCGACGAAGACAAUGACGUCGAGCUCAACGUCCAGUUGUCUCGCUCUGGAGUUUCUGUCAAAUGGUUUAAAGACGGAAAACCCAUAAAGAAAUCAAAGUCCACUAUAAUUGAGUCCAAAGAGACUAAACAUAAGCUAAUCAUCAGAAAUGCGAAACCAAACGAUUCCGGAGAAUACACUUGCGUUGCGAACGGAGACCAAACCCGUACUCAACUCCAAGUGAACGAAGAUUUGGCAGAAUUUACGCUCAAAUUGAAGGAUAUUAUCGUAAAAGAGAGCCAAACGGCCACACUAUCGGCCGAAGUGGCAAAACAGUCGCAUAGAGUCGAGUGGUUUAAAGACGACCACAAAAUCACUUCAAAUGACAGAACCAUUAUAAUAGAGGAGGGAAUCCAUAGGAAACUUGUGCUCAACGAAUGCACUCUCGAAGACAAAGGUAUGUAUUCUGUGAUUUGCAAAGACAAGAGAAGUGUAGCCAAAGUGACGGUCGAAUGUCCGCCGAGAAUAACGACUCAAAGGAGACAUUUUACGGUCAAAAGAGGCGAGAAUUUCGGUCUAGAAGUCCAUUUCGAUGGCUUUCAACCGCCAAAAGUCGAGUGGAGUUUCGCCGACAAAGUGCUCAAAACAUCAAAGAAAGUGUCGAUCGAAGCCCUUAUGUCGAAGACAUUGUUAACGGUUAAGAAGUUCGAGGACUCGGAUGUCGGCGCCUAUAGACUGAGGCUUAAGAACAAUAUCGGCGAAUGCAGUGAAGAGUUCACGCUUUCCAUUAUAGACAAACCGGAAGCCCCGGGAAGACCACAGGCGUCAGAGAUCACCAAUAAGUCAUUGAUUCUGAGUUGGACUCAACCCACAAACAAUGGCGGCUCCGAAAUCAUUAAUUAUAUCAUUGAAUUCUGUGAUAAAAAGACUGAGAUAUGGAAGAUAUAUAACCAAACCAUUACUGUUGUCGACAAUCAUAUGAAGAUUGAGGACUUGAAACAGGGAAUGGAGUAUAUAUUCCGAGUGACGGCAGUGAACGAAGCGGGCAAUAGUGAGCCCUCGCCUGUCAGUCAAAGCGUUGUAAUUAGAGAAUCAAAAACUGGCGAAAAACCGAUUGUAAUCCAAGAACUGAAACCAGUUGUCAAAACACCCCUUAAAACCGAGAUUAGACUCGAGUGUAAAAUAACGGGUCAACCGAUUCCUGAAGUGAAAUGGUUUAAAGACGAUAAGGAACUCAUUGUCACGAAGACUAUGGAAACAAGUUUCGAGAAACAAAUGGCAACUCUAGUGAUCAGAGAUGUGUCGCCAACGACUGCCGGACAGUAUGUCUGUAAAGCAACCAAUCCUUUGGGAAGCACUCAAACCAAGUCGACCGUCAAAAUAGAGGAAAAGCCGAGCGCUAUAUUCGACAACAAAUUAAUAUCAUUGAAAUUAAAACCCGGAUUACAAUAUCUCAUUGAGGCUGAGAUCAAAGGCUAUCCAUUCCCUAACAUUAUGUGGUCUAAAGAUCAACAAAGUAUCGAUAAAUUAAAACAAAUUCACGUCAAAACUAUUGAAAACAAAACUUUAUUAGAAAAUAAAAACAUCAAAUCAGAGGAUUCGGGCACUUAUUGUCUGAAACUAAGCAAUGAAUUCGGAGAAGNAACCAUUAUAAUAGAGGAGGGAAUCCAUAGGAAACUUGUGCUCAACGAAUGCACUCUCGAAGACAAAGGUAUGUAUUCUGUGAUUUGCAAAGACAAGAGAAGUGUAGCCAAAGUGACGGUCGAAUGUCCGCCGAGAAUAACGACUCAAAGGAGACAUUUUACGGUCAAAAGAGGCGAGAAUUUCGGUCUAGAAGUCCAUUUCGAUGGCUUUCAACCGCCAAAAGUCGAGUGGAGUUUCGCCGACAAAGUGCUCAAAACAUCAAAGAAAGUGUCGAUCGAAGCCCUUAUGUCGAAGACAUUGUUAACGGUUAAGAAGUUCGAGGACUCGGAUGUCGGCGCCUAUAGACUGAGGCUUAAGAACAAUAUCGGCGAAUGCAGUGAAGAGUUCACGCUUUCCAUUAUAGACAAACCGGAAGCCCCGGGAAGACCACAGGCGUCAGAGAUCACCAAUAAGUCAUUGAUUCUGAGUUGGACUCAACCCACAAACAAUGGCGGCUCCGAAAUCAUUAAUUAUAUCAUUGAAUUCUGUGAUAAAAAGACUGAGAUAUGGAAGAUAUAUAACCAAACCAUUACUGUUGUCGACAAUCAUAUGAAGAUUGAGGACUUGAAACAGGGAAUGGAGUAUAUAUUCCGAGUGACGGCAGUGAACGAAGCGGGCAAUAGUGAGCCCUCGCCUGUCAGUCAAAGCGUUGUAAUUAGAGAAUCAAAAACUGGCGAAAAACCGAUUGUAAUCCAAGAACUGAAACCAGUUGUCAAAACACCCCUUAAAACCGAGAUUAGACUCGAGUGUAUAAUAACGGGUCAACCGAUUCCUGAAGUGAAAUGGUUUAAAGACGAUAAGGAACUCAUUGUCACGAAGACUAUGGAAACAAGUUUCGAGAAACAAAUGGCAACUCUAGUGAUCAGAGAUGUGUCGCCAACGACUGCCGGACAGUAUGUCUGUAAAGCAACCAAUCCUUUGGGAAGCACUCAAACCAAGUCGACCGUCAAAAUAGAGGAAAAGCCGAGCGCUAUAUUCGACAACAAAUUAAUAUCAUUGAAAUUAAAACCCGGAUUACAAUAUCUCAUUGAGGCUGAGAUCAAAGGCUAUCCAUUCCCUAACAUUAUGUGGUCUAAAGAUCAACAAAGUAUCGAUAAAUUAAAACAAAUUCACGUCAAAACUAUUGAAAACAAAACUUUAUUAGAAAAUAAAAACAUCAAAUCAGAGGAUUCGGGCACUUAUUGUCUGAAACUAAGCAAUGAAUUCGGAGAAGUGUCCUAUGAUUUUGUACUCAAAGUGUUGGACAGGUCGGGACCGCCGGACGCGCCCGUCAGGGCUCUCAUAGUGGAGGACGACUGCAUUGAGUUGUCGUGGAAACCGCCUAAAGAUGACGGCGGCUCUCGUGUCACACAUUAUUUGAUUGAAAAAUGCGAAACAAAAACCAAUUUAUGGAAAGAAGUGAAGAAAAUUGACGCAAAACUUCUCAUCCAAAGAGUGGAUCGUUUGGUUUGUGGCGAAGAAUACGUGUUCCGCGUCAGUGCUAUCAAUGAGUUUGGCAAAAGUGAUGCCACACUUUCGCAACCCAUUGUCUGCAAAAGUCCUUUCGACAAACCGUCUCCACCUUUGGGACCAUUGAUCACAUCAAACAAUACGGAAGAAUCGUUUACAUUGAGUUGGAAUCCACCGGAAAGUGACGGCAAUUCACCGAUUCUUGAAUAUAUAGUCGAGAAGAAGGAAAGCGAUAAAAAAGUUUGGCAAAAGGUUGGAUCAGUGGAUGGAAAGACACAAUCGAUAGAAGUGUUUAAUCUGAAGAAAGAUACGGCACAUCACUUCCGGAUUACGUGCAGAAACAAAGUGGGAACAAGUCUUCCGUUGGCACCCGAGGAGACCAUAACACCGAGAGGUAGGUAUAGCGCGCCUUCAAUGCCGGGCCGACCGCUUCGCGUGUCUGAAAUGACAAACACUUCGCUCACAUUGGAGUGGAAUAAGCCGUUGUCGACGGGAGGCGUCGAACUCACCUCUUAUAUACUCGAGCGACGACUCGUCUCCGAAAGCAAUUGGAUACGAGUGGACACAAUAGACCCGGAGAUCACUAGUUAUACCUCCUCCUCUCGAGACAGAUUACGAGUGGACACAAUAGACCCGGAGAUCACUAGUUAUACCGUAGAAAACCUGUCGUCAAAACACGAAUACUUUUUCCGAGUUAUAGCCGAAAAUCCUUUAGGACUCAGUCCUCCUCUCGAGACAGAGACUGCCCUUAAACUGUCGCUCACCGCAGCACAACCGGGCAUUCCUACGGGUCCUUUGGAGACCCGAGUGGUGGGUCCGAGUGCUAUAGUGGUCGAGUGGGGCAAACCAGAGACAGACGGCGGCGCACCUCUGCUUAGUUAUGUGGUGGCGGCCAGAGAUGUGAGGAGAACCAUGUGGAUGGAGGUCGGUCACGUGAGCGCUGAUACCCAACGAUUACAAAUCAAGGAUUUACAAGAAGGACACGAAUAUAUGGUGAGAAUUCUGGCCCGAAAUGAAGUGGGACUCAGCGACCCCUUGGAAAUGGAGGAACCCGUCAAAGUGGUCCGACCCCCAGGUUUCACGGAAAGUGCUGUUGAAGUAACGGUGGAAAGACCUGAUACCCCAUCACUGAGUUUCACGACAACCGAGACGUCGUCGUGGAUGCGAGAGGCAAAUGUUGAGCCAAACGUUCGCUCCUAUACUAGACAUACACUCAUACAUAGGAGGGAAUACUUCUUCAAACUCUGGUUCAAUUCAGACUCACUUUUCAAAUGAAUUCAUUCAACAAU